UAUUCACGAAGGAAGGAACGAUGGGUGUGUGAGGGUUCCCAUGGGCCAUUUUGACACAAAAGUGGUUUAUUCCAAAUUGAUGAUCUAAAAGACAGAGGGGAAAAUAUUAACAGCUGGAAUGAGGAUGGCCAGUGUGCAGUUCCGGGCCCGUCGGGCUGCGGAGCCGGCAGAACCAGAACCUGAACCUGAAAAAGAGCCAGAGCAAGUAGAGGAGCCAGCUGCCCACGUCCCUCCAGCACACCACCCCGGCCACCACAACUAUGACCACAUGAAGAACAAGUUCAUGAAUGAGAUUGGCCAUCUGCCACUCCCUAUGUGGGCAGUUGUGGCCAUCGUCGUAGUGGUGCUGGUGUUGGUAGGAUGCUGCACCUUCUGCCUCUUCAAAAAAUGCUUUGGGAAAAAGAAAAAAACUAAGAAAGUGAGGGAGAGGAAGGCUGGCCGCCGGAGGAAGGCAGACAACGAAGGAGGAGGAGAGGGUGGCGAUAAGGAAGAAGGGGAUAAGAAAGAAGGGGAAGGAGAGGAGAAGGAGCAGGAGAAGCUGGGGAAACUGGAGUUCUCCUUGGACUACAACUUCACAGAUGCCCAGCUUAUAGUGGGUAUCCUCCAGGCUCAGGAUCUAGCUGCCAUGGAUAUGGGGGGUACCUCAGACCCCUAUGUAAAAGUCUACCUGCUCCCAGACAAAAAGAAGAAGCAUGAAACUAAGGUCCAGCGCAAGAACCUGUGCCCGGUUUUCAACGAGACCUUCAUCUUCAAGAUCCCAUACACGGAGUUGGGAGGGAAGAUCCUGGUGUUGCAGGUCUUCGACUUUGACCGUUUCUCCAAGCAUGAUGUGAUUGGGGAGAUAAAGAUCCCCAUGAACAGUGUGGAUCUGGGACAACCAAUGCAAUGUUGGAGGGACCUGGAGAACAGUGAAAAAGAAGAGGCAGAGAAACUGGGUGAUGUCUGCAUCUCCUUGCGCUACGUACCUACUGCUGGCAAACUCACGAUCAACAUCAUGGAGGCCAAGAACCUAAAGAAGAUGGAUGUUGGUGGCUUAUCAGAUCCAUUUGUGAAGAUUGUUCUGCAGCACAAUGGGAAACGAAUCAAGAAGAAGAAGACAACUGUCAAGAAGAACACACUCAACCCUUACUUCAAUGAGAGCUUCAGCUUUGAGAUUCCCUUCGAGCAGAUUCAGAAAGUGCAGGUCGUCAUAACAGUGUAUGACUACGACAAGCUUGGGAGCAACGAUGCAAUCGGGAAGACCUUCAUGGGUUACGGUGCCACAGGAGUUGGUCUGAAACAUUGGUCUGAAAUGUUGGCCAAUCCCAGACGUCCAGUUGCCCAAUGGCAUGUCCUCUGCCCAGAGGAGGAGGUGGAUGCAGCUCUGAAGGUCCCACCUCGUUAAUGAUCCCUCAACAACCUUGGAUCAUUAAUGUUAUCCACGAGGAAAGCAAAACAUUUUGAUAUGUCUUUCAGUGUUAUUAAGACCUCUUUGUAUGUUUGCCUCUGUCUGUUUUUCUGUCAUCUCUUUUUGGCAUACUUUUUUUUGUUAAGUGGGUGUGUGUUUGCACACGUAUGUUUGUACGUGUGUGCAUGUGCACGCAUUGCAGCAUGAGCGUUCAUGUGUUUGUGUCUCUGACGCCAUUGGAUGUUUUUAAAAUGACCUGCAUUUGAUUUGUCUGAAUGUUCAGGACUGAUUAUAGCCCAUACUAUGUUAUUUUGUUGUUUUAUAAAACAUCCCUCUGUUGGUUUCUAAAUGUAGGCCUAGAUGUAAAAAAAAAAAAAAUAUUACAAACAAAUAGGUAAAAUAUGCACCCUUGUUAUAUGGCUUUAUAGGCUACAGACAAUCAGAUGAAGGAAUUCAAUUGUUUUUUGACUCAUUGACAACCUUCCAUUCCGCACAAAUAUACUACUUCUGAUUUUGUGAACUGUCAUGUAGGCCUACAUUAAAAACAUAAUUAGUGGCAGUGGUUAUAGUUAGAAUUAAGAUUGCAUUAUGUUUUGCUUGUUGGUCGUAAGAUACUUAAACUAUACUGAACCCAAAUAUAAACACAACAUGGAAAAUGUUGGUCCCAUGUUUCAUAUGCUGAAAUAAAAGAUCCCAGAAAUGUUCCAUAUGCAUUUCUCUCAAAUAUUUUGCACAAAUGUGUUUACAUCCCUGUUAGUGAGCACUUCUCCUUUGCCAAGAUAAUCCAUCAACCUGACAGGUGUGGCAUAUCAAUAAACUGAUUAAACAGCAUGAUCAUUACACAGGUGCACCUUGUGCUGUGGACAAUAAACGACCACUCUAAAAUGUGCAGUUUUGUUACACAUGUCCACCAGAGCUGUUAUCAGAUUAUUUCAUGUUCAUUUCUCUACCAUAAACCGCCUCCAACAUAGUUUUAGAGAAUUUGGCAGUACGUCCAACUGUAACAGACCACGUGUAACCACGCCAGCCCAGCACCUCCACAUCCGGUUUCUUCACCUGCAUGAUAGUCUGAGACCAGCCACCCGGACAGCUGAUGAAACUGAGGAGUAUUUAUGUCUGUAAUUAAGUCCUUUUGUGGGGAAAGCCUCAUUCUGAUUGGCUGGGCCUGGCUCCCAAGUAGGUGAGCCUCUGCCCAGUCAUGUGAAAUCCAUAGACUAGGGCCUAAUGAAUUUAUUUGAAUGUACUAAUUAUAUGAACUGUAACUGUAACUCAGUAAAAUUAGUCAAAUCGAUGCAGUAUAUUUAUGUUAGUAACCAAGUAAAAUGCAGUGUGAGGUGCUAAGUCAAUGUGCUAAAUAAAGCUCCCUAUUUUGCCUAGAAAUGAUUUUGUUCAAUGACUUCAACUACA